AUGUGGAACUGUCGUGGGCUUGGGAACCCACAGGCAGUGCUAGCUCUUAAGGGGCUAAUCCACUCUAAAGCUCCCGAUGUGGUUUUCGCAAUGGAAACCAAGAUGUAUACGUCUGAGGUGUUGAAAAAUAGAGGUAUGGGUGGGUUACCCAAUGUUUUUCCCGUCCAAUGUGCGGGUUCAGGAAGGUCACGGGCAAGUGGCCUUUUCUUAAUGUGGAGUUCAGAGGUGGAAGUAGACAUUCUUUCAGCCUCAUUGAAUCAUAUUGCGUUCUCUUUGGUGCAUCCUGAUCAUCAUGAUCCUAUGCACAUGCUUGCCGUGUAUGGCUUCCCGGAGGAGCAGAAUAAAGUUCGCACGUGGCAGCUAGUUAAGUCCAUUUGCCCUCAGGGUAGAGAUGUCCCUUGGCUAUGUUUUGGUGACUUUAAUGAUAUUUUGUCCCCUACAGAUAAGCUGGGUGGAGACCCUCCUAAUUAUGCUCACAUGCAAGAGGUUAUGGCAACUUGUUCGACCUGUGAUUUACAUGAUGUGGGUUUUUCGGGCUAUAGGUUCACUUGGUCUAAUAAGAGGGCAGUACCAGGCACCGUGGAAGAAAGGCUUGACUAUGCUUUAGCAAAUGAUGCUUGGGAUGCGCUUUGGCCAGUCACUGAGGUCACUCAUUUACCCAGGUAUCGUUCUGAUCAUAAUCCUUUACUGAUUUGUUGUGGGUCCAGGGGUAUGAGGAAAGAAUUGCAGAGGACUAGCAUGUUCCGGUUUGAGGAGCUGUGGCUUCAAGAAGAGGAGUGCAAGGAGUUAGUGACUGAGGCUUGGGGGGAGGGGUCGGCCAUGGGUCUGACUGCAAAGUUGAGCUCCCUUGGUUCAUCCCUCAAAGAUUGGGGGCGUGAGAAGUUUGGUGAUAUACCAAAGAAAAUUUCUGACACAAAGGCUCUUCUUCAGAAACUACAACGGCAAACUCAAUCAGAACAAGUGGUGAGGGAGACCAAGGAAGCUGAAAUUGCUCUAGACACCCUUUUAAUGCAAUAG